UUGGAGCAUAGAAUUGCAACAAUAUUAUUACUUUCUGUGAUGCGCUUGACAUAAACAAUAGGACAAUAUUUUUCAUAAUUGUUUUAAACUAUCACGUAAUUUCAUUGUUAUACCUACCUUAUAAAGGACUUUUUCCAUAUAUUGUAAUCAUUUGUUGAGUUUUUGUGUUUGAUUUAGUAUGUUGUUGCUUUGUUGUUUCGUGUUUUUCCUUUCAACUACGAGUUGUCAAGAAGCAGUUAACAAAACUGAAAAUGAAAAUGAAUAUACGCAUCAUUAUAAUUACACAAAUUACGUAAAUGAUACUAACAAACCGGUCGGGCCACAAAAUGUAUCUACACAUGUUAUAUCGAAACCGUCGCAGACACAACAGAUAGAGCGAACAGCAAUACCUUCCGCAAACUUCUCCGGUAGCGAAAAGAAGACUUUCGGCGAUUUCAGGCCAAGCCCUCAGCUUGAUAUUGGGUAUGAAUUCAAUAAGUAUCCAGUACCACCAGCUUUUCCAGAAGCUAAACAUCUCGGAAACGAAGUCAAAGUCCCCACAGCGUAUGAAUAUUUUAACGAAAGAUACCAAACAACCACCGAGUAUCCUUGGACCAGCAAAGUAAAAUUUCCGGCGGACAGCCACAAGGAUCGUCCCUAUAAAUUUUACACGGAAGAUGAAGAACCGCCAAGUUUUUCCGUGAAGAAUUCAUAUGGAUUCCCGGCUAAACACGAAGAAUUUUCAUUUAACAAACCGGUACCGAUCACGCCAAAAGUGAAACCAGGUGUUUUUGCAAAGUAUCCACCGCAACACAAGAAUUACGGAUACAAUUUAAUGGAAAGACCGAGUCCGCCUCACAAAGGCCACGGAUAUGAAAUGAGCCAUUACGACAAUGCUUGGAAGAAAAUAAUCAAAAUUCUCACAGCUUUUAUUCCAAUUGGUUUGAUCAUCAGUGCCCUGACGCCCACCGUCAUCACCAUAACGAACGCGACUGAUACAUCGACAACAACACAAAGCAGAUAUAGAUUAAAUGAUAAAAACGUAGACUUUAGAGAAAAGUUGGUUCAAACACUUUCACACUUUGAGGGAUUGCAAGGAAGAGGAUGUGAAGAAAGAAUGUUGUGUGAAUUACUAUUGGCAGCUAGUAUGUCACCCAAUGCUAAAACGAAUGUGAAAAACUUCUUGGAUACUUUCUCUGAAAGAUUUCCAGAUAUUACUGAGAAAACAGAGGAACUGAAGAAAAUAUUCGCAGCUGUCAGAUACCAGGAUUGUUCUUCUAUAAAGUGCGAAAACAUAAAGAAACCGACUUAAAAUUAUUAUUAAAAUAUAAAGUUUUAAUAUAUUACAAAUAUUAGUAUUGUAAAGACUAGUUAAGAAUAUUAUAUA